AUGUCACGUGGCGUCGAGACUGGCCUAGCAGGUUACCUGGAAGGCCUCUUGCAGGUUAGUGCAUGCAACUGGUUGAGAGAAGGUCAAGAUCAAGUUCUAAACGAUUACAUUCCAUAUUUCGAGCCCCUGUUCUAUGACCAGUAUUUAUUCAAAGAGCAACAUCGUCGUUCCAUUCGAUCACCCGUGGACCGAUAUUUCACUCUUCAGUUCAAAGCUUACAAUAGAAUGUUUCGCCUCCGGUUGAAACGAGACGUCUGGGUUUUUGCAGAAGACACGAAGUUCGAAGAUUCCAAAUCUUCCGUCCAUUACGAUAAAGCACGUGCUGUUGCCGGAUACGUCGAAGGUGAAGAAAAUUCAUCUGUUCACGGAAUUUUGUUAGAUUCAGGACUCUUCGAUGGCACAGUCCGGGUGAAAGAUGAAGAAUAUUACGUGGAACCAGCAAAAAACUACUUUACUUCCCCUCGGCAUUUUCACUCCUUGAUUUAUAGGUUAUCGGAUAUUCAAUUUCCGGAAACAAACCGAAGUUGUGUUUACGCAGUAUCGAAAAUUCGACACCACAAACGAAAUAAACAUCGUUUUCACCGCAAAAGAUCAAGUCAAAACAAAAUAUUACUUUCAGAUGAGCUGUAUAAAAUUCCUGUACAUAAAUUUCAUAAAAAACGACUCAAAUGGCGAAAAUCCAUUCAUAGACAUUCGGUAGACCACGGGGGAGAUUUGUUCUAUGGUGACUUUUCGCAGGAACACCAUGUGCCAGAACGUAGUUUAAAAUCUUGGUUUCUUCGCAGUUCUGUUUACGAUUCCGACAUAAGUGCCAACAAUGAAAACAUUACUUCAUCCGUUUCGAAUCAUUCUUCAUCGUCUUCAGCGUCGAAUCUAUUGCCGACUAGUUCCAAGCAGCAAGGCAAUGGAGGCGACGUCGUCCCCACUGUGAUAGGGGAGGCUUCUGAAGAAGGAAUGGGACCAUCUUUGGAAGACAAAAGCAAUGUUCCUUAUUGGAGAGAGUUGGACGCUCUGCAUUACACGGAGGAUGGUAGAACGGGUAGUUCGGAGCCGUAUGGAGUGCGUUCUAUUCAAAGGACACAGUGGACGGAGGAUAGAGGACAGAGGCACGUCGCUGUGGAUCGAAGGAAAAGUACGUGUCUGCUCUACCUCCAAGCGGAUCAUUUAUUCUACCAAAAGAUGGGGAAUGAAGAGGCGUGCAUAGACGCCAUGACGAGACAUGUGCAACGUGUGAACAGCAUUUAUAGAACAACCGAUUUUGAUCAAGACGGAAGACCUGAUAAUAUUUCCUUCCUCAUAAAAAGAAUCAAAGUCCAUACUAGACCAGAUGAUCCAGAUUACAGAUUUGUAGGUAACUAUGGAGUAGAAAAAUUUCUAGAAUUAUUUUCGGAAGACGAUUACGAUGCUUUCUGCCUUGCUUACAUGUUCACCUAUCGAGAUUUUGAGGGAGGAACGCUCGGCCUUGCUUGGACUGGAGAUUUGAAGAAUGCUGGAGGAGUUUGCGAGAAGAAUGGGCAUUACAGAGGAAGCUUAAAGAGUUUGAAUACUGGGAUAAUAACUUUGCUCAAUUAUGGGAAACAUGUGCCUCCAGUUGUCUCUCAUGUAACUUUAGCUCAUGAAAUAGGCCAUAAUUUUGGAUCACCUCAUGAUCCUGAGGAUGACCUACACUGCACGCCCGGAGGAGAUCAUGGGAAUUAUAUUAUGUUUGCUCGAGCAACAUCUGGUGAUAAGAAAAACAAUAACAAAUUCUCGCCUUGCAGUCUUCGAAGCAUUAAUGCAGUUUUAAAUACCAAGGCCAGAAGUGUUAAAGGUUGUUUUACUGAACCUCUGGAUGCUGUUUGUGGAAAUGAAGUUGUAGAAGGAGCUGAAGAGUGUGACUGUGGUUGGGAAGAGGACUGUCAUGAGCCAUGUUGUUUCCCAAUGCGAGUAAAUCCACCUCAGGAUCAGCCACCGUGCAGACUGAGACCGGCAGCUUUCUGCAGCCCUAGUCAAGGUCCUUGCUGCUCUCAUGAUUGCCGUUUGAAGUAUGGGGUUCUUUGUAGAGAAGACAAUGGUUGCAGAACAGCAAGCUAUUGCGAUGGUAAAGGGCCUCUUUGUCCUCCGUCCACAAAGAAGCCCAACAAAACGGUGUGCAGCGAAGAAUUUGUGUGCUAUAAUGGAGAAUGUACUGGCUCAAUUUGUAUGGCUUAUGGGCUGGAAUCAUGCCAGUGUAUCAGGAGUUACCAUGACCCGUUAAUUCGUUCUUGUGAGUUAUGUUGCAAAAUUCCUGGUGAUGAACUUAGUUGCAAGUCAUCUUUUGAAUGGAACUUACCUCCAUAUGAUGUGCCAGAUUUGUAUGCUAAACCUGGUGCUCCAUGUGAUAAUUAUAAUGGUUACUGUGAUGUACAUCAGUCAUGUAGAGAAAUUGAUCCCUCUGGUCCUUUAGCCACUUUGCGCAACUUGUUGAUGUCUCCUGAAGGAGUAGCAAUUCUGAAAAAGUGGAUUGCAGAAAAAUGGUGGAGCAUGCUGCUUCUCUUUUUUGGGGCUGCUAUCACUGUGGUGUUAUCUGUUCGAUUACUUACCCGAAGGAAUGCGAAGAACUUUUUAUCAACAAUUCUACCAGGCCAAACAGAUUUUCGGAUAUGCAACAUUCGGUCAUCAUCUCGUUCUCAUCCAUCGUGUCUUGUGACAUCACCAUCGCAGAACUCCGGUCCACCCCUCUUGAACAAGAAGCGAGUGUCUCGCCCACGAAUCAGCACUGCCCCUGAGAACGGAUGGGUCUGAUACAGAUUCUCAGCAAUUUAGAGGUUUAAACUGAAUUUAAAUUCCUGAAAGGUAUUUUCUGUAUAUCUUCAAGGCUGUUCGGUUGUGAUGGGAAAUUGCUGUAUACUGAAUGUCCCAUACAGUUGAUUGCUGACAGAGAGAUUUGCCAGUGCCAUAUAAUCGGUUAGAUUUGCUGACAUAUGAAAGUUGUAGGAGAGCACAUAAGCAUUAAAAAUGCCUACUGAGAUUUUGAAAUUGAUAUUUAUAUUUCUUGAAAAUAAUAGAGUCGGUUAGCAUUGGCUUUUCAUUGAAAAGACUAGAUUCAAUCAAACUUCUUUAUCUAUUUUUUAUUUUGUCACUUUCUGUAAUUUAAAUUUUAACUAACUUCUGUUCGUAAUUAAUUGAUUUGAUAGCUUUCAUUGAAAAAGUAUAUUUUUUCAAACUGAAAGGUUUCCAGCUCUUUUUGUAACAAAAAUAUAAAGUCAGAGUGAGGACUCACAAGUGAAUUUAAAUUAGCUAUUUUAAAAAUUGUUAUUACUUAGAGAUUUGAUUUUUUACUGUGGAACAUUGUUUCUAAAACAUAUGUGCAACCUAUAAAAAUUACUACAGCAUAAUUAAGUUAUAUAUUCCUAUGUACAGUUUUUUUGUUUAACAAAGUUGCUAUAUCUAAAAUUUGUCUUUUUUUAAAAAAACUCAGUUAGUGGAAAACAUAUUUUAUUUGAUUCAUUUGAAACUGCAUAAUGAUGGGAAGAAAAAGUACUCUUAGAAUUCUGUAUUUGUUACUAAAGUGUUGCAAGAUAUUUGAUUCUUAGUUUAUUAAAUUAAUAACUAUCUUUUCGUCAAUGAGAAGUUGUAUAAAAAGCAACACUUUGAUUCAUAAAUUUAGAAUACAUGUUUUAAAGUACCAAAAAAAAAUUUUUUUGUGUGUUUAUUGAAAUGUAUUAAUUUAUUUUUAUUUGGUUUUGUUUAAUUGUUGUGUUAACUUAUUUUUUCAAGGUAAAUCAAUUUCCCCUAAUUGUCUCAGCUUCAGGAGUAAUCCUGGCUUUCAUUUACUUUAUUUUCCUUUUUUUUUUCUUUUUUCUUUUUUUUGAAUAUAUUGUUAUUUAAAAGCUAAAAUUAUAAAUAAAAACAAAACAAAUGUGGCAUUUUAUAUACCAAUUUUUAUUUUCAUCUGAAUAAAAUUCUUAAUUUGUUUUAUUUUGCUUAUUUGUUACUGAAUAAUUUUUGGAGGGAAAAAUUGAAUCUGAAAGCAAACUGAAUGUCAUUUUUCUUGGAAUGAAAAAUGGUUACUUAAGCAUUGAAAGGUAGUGUUUAAAAAAAUUGAGGGAAAGUGUAAAAAAAAAAAAAAAAAAAAUCAGAAACCUUUUUUUUUUCUCUCCCUUUAACCUUCUAAAAAAGUUCAACUCUGAAAAUUAUGUUCUGAUUUCUUGUGCCGUCAAUGUCUACUUUUAUUUGGAAAUAAACUGCUGAUGUUACACAUAGUAUUUUUUUCAAUGUUAAAAGACUUCUGAGUAUGGUAAAUAAGUUGAUUAAUUUGUUUUAUUUUAUUUAUUUUAUUUUUGGAAAAAAAGGAAAAGAAAAUCAAUAUUAGAAAUGUAUAUAUUUUGUUUUUCCAAUGCACAUAAUUUUUCUUUUAUAAACAGAUAUCUAAUAUUAUCUAAUGCUCAUUUAAAUCACAAUGGAGCUUUUUCUGCUGGCUUUUAAUAAUUUUAACUGUUUUCUUUUCAUCUUUAAAACUUAAAUCUACAAACAUAUU